AUGGCUCCCAUCGGAAAGAUCUACUCGUACCCCGACAACCCUAGGGUCAUGAAGGUGCGGGCGGCGGCCAAGAUCAACGGGCUGGAGGUGGAGGAGGUGGCGGGCUUCCAGAUGGGCAAGACGAACAAGACGGACGAGUUCCUGGCCAAGUUCCCGACGGGCAAGGUGCCGGCGUUCGAGGGCGCCGACGGAGUCAACCUGGUCGAGUCGGACGCCAUCAUGCAGUACGUGGCCGAGUCGGGCCCCAAGGCGGCGCAGCUGGUGGGCGCGAACGCGGCGGAGAAGGCGCGGGUGCAGCAGUGGGUGCUGUUCCAGGUGGGCGAGGUGUGGCCGGAGGUGCUGAAGCUGCUCUACCCGCGCUUCGGCUUCGCCAAGCACGACGAGGAGGCCGAGCAGAAGACGCUGGGCAAGCUGGCCAAGGUGCUCGAGACGCUGGAGCGCGCGCUGGGCGGCGGGCGGAGCUGGCUGGCGACCGAGGCGCUGAGCAUUGCCGACCUGGCCGUCAUGUCGUCGCUGGUGCCGGCCUUCAAGUUCGGCGUCGACGAGGCGAUGCGCAAGCAGUACCCCACGGCCAUGGACUGGUUCUUCCGCACGCUCAGGGCCGAGGGCGUGCACGAGUGCUUCCCCAACGCCGAGAAGGAGAUGUGCACCGUCAGGCAGAUCCCGCAGUAG